AUGUUUAGAAAAAUAUUUCGACUAUUCAGAUUUUCGACAGAUAAACAAGUAGACUAUUACAAAUUGACAGAUCAAAUUAUGAAUGCCCAAGUUGAAAAUGAAGAGUUGAAAUUAGCCAUAUAGAAAAUCAUUUUUGAUAUGAAAUCUGUGACUGAAAGGGCCUAUUAAUUUCCUUUGGUUGAAUAGGUGUUAUCUUCAGUCAAAUCUCAUUAUUUAUGUGUUGCUGCAGUGGAAUAAUUUGUUGGAUCUAUGUACACUCCAAAAAAUGAGCAAAUUACAUAAUUAUUUUUAACUCAUGCAAAAAAGAAUGCUGUUGAUGAGCCUGAAAAAUUGAAUACUGAAUAUUAUUUGUCAUAUCUGAAAAAACUAGAUGCAUCACAAAAAGGAGAUCAAGCCAAAUUUGAUGAUGCCCAACACCAACUAUUAGAAUUAGCAAAUAAGGGGAAUAAACCAGCUUAACAUUUAGUGGCCAAGGAAAUGUAUAAAGUAGCAAUGAAUAUGAUGCAAUCAAAAUAAAGAAAAGAUAGAGAGAAAUUAUUAAAGGAAGCAUAUAAAUUAUUUUAUGAUUGCGCUGAGAAUGAAUUCCCCCAUUCUUACUAUUAUAUUGGAGAGAUGGCAGAAAGAGGUGAUACUCCAGGAGGAAUAGAUUUGAAAUUUGCACUUGAGUGCUAUUUCAUUGCUGCAGCUUAUGAAAACCCUUAGGCAUUCUUUAAAUUAGCAAAAUUUCAUCGAGAGGGAAUAGUUUGCGAGAAGGAUCACAAUUUAGAAUUCCAUUACACCAAGAAAGCAGCUGAAAUGGGGCUACUAGAUGCUUAACACAAUCUAGGUGUCAUAUACAGAGAAGGCAGAAUAACGAAGAAGGAUGACUUUAAGGCUUUGGCAUGGUUUACUCAUGCUGGAAACUUGGGAUUCCCAUUAUCUUAGUUUAAUGCUGGAAUGAUGUAUUGGGAAGGUGCAGAUAAGAUCAAAACAAAUAAAAAGGCAGCCUUAGUUUGGUUUGAGAAGAUACAAAAAUCGGGAAUGAUUGAUGUUUCUUAAUAAAUUAGACAAUUGGCAAGGGAGAUUCAGAAGGAAAUAGAAGAAGAAUAAUGA